GAAUGAUGCGAGAGAGGGUGUCGGUGUGUCCUACGAGCUCUACCUGUCUAGCUCGCCGUAUGCUGUGAUUCCGUUCCGGUGGUGUGUGCGAGCCUGAGCGAGUUGCGCACGGUUCGUAAGGGGCCCGGAGCCAACGAUUGCCGGAACGGUGCCUCCUCUCGGCGACCGGAUCGAUACAGCAGCAGCGAGUGCCGCCGCGUUGCCGCUGGUUUGAGCAUCGCGAACGGUCAAGGUCACCGGGUCUAGGUUAGGCGCGACGCCGUACCGCGCCGCUAACAACUCGCGCCGACGCGCAUCUACCCCUCUCGCUCUCAUUCGCUAUGCCUAUUUCUUUCUCUUGGACGGCGAACACACGCAGCGAUGCCGGAUCGGACGCCGUACUCACAUAUUUUUGAGCUUAUCUAGAUCCACAGCGCUGAAUAGGGCAAAAAUAACCUCCCUAAUCUCCGUAGCUAAGGGAGCUUUCUUAUUUCGAUAACGGAUAACAAAGCUCACAACGAAACAUCAAAACACGGGCACUAGAAAAUAUGUUUAGAGUAAGUAUUUCUAGCCCUGAGCGUGUUAGUGUUUCUCUAAUGUUCUCACUGGUCCGUUAGGAAAAUUCACGAAAUCCAUUUGUCUGUAAAGUUUAUAUUACGAAUAACGUUCACGUACGAGUAAACAAGUUAGAUUCGUUGUUUUUUCGGAGUUAUGAUGAAACAAUGCGUGGAUAUGGCAACGUGUCCGUCGUCCAUAUAGAUUUUUCGUGUUGGAAUCUCCGCUGGCGUAGGCUGGUAGUGGGGGAAAUUGCGCAUUCGGAAUUGUACCCCCUGGCCCCCCGUUGCCGCUGGUUCGUCGGUAAUUUGUCGUCAUCCGACAACUCGCUAUUCAGUGGUCGCACCAGCACGCAUUUCGAAAUGUCCCCCGAACAGCGAAAUUUUUGUCCACAAACCGUAUCCGGGAAUCAUCCGUGGUUAUUUUCCCUUCCGGUCUCCGGCAGCAGUUUGAUCCGGCUUCAAGUUCAGUUUCUGCGCGACGGACGCCCAUCGCCACCGACUCAACUAUGAUGGCAGCCGUGAACUUGGCAAGUCAGCCGACUGCACUGCGAGAGCGAGUCUUUCAAAAUGGAUUUGAUCCUGGACGUCAAUUCCUGGCUGUAUCCUAUGGAAUUAGUUUUGCGCUUGUUGCAGGUGACAAGUUCCGUUUGGUGUUGGCGACGACGCUACGUGAAGACGGUUACCCGGACGCCGGCGACUGGAAUCCGCAAGGACUGGAAAACGAGGGAAGCAGAGCGGACAGUUUCGAAUACGUCAUGUCCGGGAAGGUGUACCGCAUAGAGGGCGACGAGGCCGCUAUGGAAUCAUCUAGUAGAUUAUCUGCGUACGUAUCGUUCGGUGGGCUGCUGAUGAGACUGCAAGGAGACGCUAACAACCUGCACAGUUUCGAGGUCGAUCAACACAUGUAUCUGCUCAUGAAGAAGAUUUUUAUGUGAAUUCCACUUGUAAACGCGUUUUGUUUUUUCUUUCUUUUGUACAAACUAUAGGAUAAGGAUCAAUAAAAAAAUAUAUUUAUAUGCA